GGCAGCGCGGCUGUUCUCGGCCGGCAUCCCCUCCCCUCUGCUCAGGGCCCGGUCUCCCCCGGCCCUUGCCACCGCCCCCGCGAACCAGGCAGCCCAUCCCCUCGGCCUCGAGUCAGGCCUGGGCCGGGAGGGCCCCCCACGAAGACUCCCCCUGCGUCCCCGAAUGUGGGGGCCCCGGAAGCCAGGUCGCGAGGCCCGGCUUUCGAAGGUUACUCGCGAGCUCGGGUCCAGAAGGCCGGGGUCACGGGGCCGCGGCUCUCGGCCCUCAGCGCCCUGCGCCGCAACCCCCGCCAGGCGGGCGUCCAGAGUUGCCAACAGUUGUCAGACGUGGCAGAGAGAAUUGGGGGGUAAAGACAGCCCGGUCACCAGGAAGACAAGGCCAGGCGGCCUGGAAACUAGCUCUUGAGCACUUCCAGGGUAGCAGCACCUGCCUCAGCAUGGAGAGCCGUGCCAGCAUGGCACCCACACCCGGAGCACUGCCUUACUACGUGGCUUUCUCCCAGCUGCUGGGCCUGACCGUGGUUGCAAUGACUGGCGCGUGGCUGGGUCUGUACCGAGGUGGCAUCGCCUGGGAGAGCGCCCUGCAGUUUAAUGUGCACCCCCUCUGCAUGGUCAUAGGCCUGGUCUUCCUGCAGGGAGAUGCCCUGCUGGUUUACCGUGUCUUCAGGAACGAGGCCAAACGCACAACCAAAGUCCUGCACGGGCUGCUGCACGUCUUCGCGUUCAUCAUUGCCCUGGUGGGCCUGGUGGCUGUGUUUGACUACCAUAGGAAGAAUGGCUAUGCUGACCUGUACAGCCUGCACAGCUGGUGUGGCAUCCUGGUAUUUGUCCUCUACUUUGUGCAGUGGCUCGUGGGCUUUAGCUUCUUCCUGUUCCCUGGAGCUUCGUUUUCUCUGCGGAGCCGCUAUCGCCCCCAGCACGUCUUCUUUGGUGCCACCAUCUUCCUCCUGUCGGUGGGCACAGCCCUGCUGGGCCUGAAGGAGGUGCUACUGUUUAAACUUGGGACCAAGUACAGCACGUUUGAGCCCGAGGGUGUGCUGGCCAACAUUUUGGGCUUGCUGCUGGCAGGCUUCGGCGUGGUGGUGCUCUACGUCCUGACUCGCGCCGAAUGGAAGCGGCCACCCCAGGCGGAGGAACAAGCUCUCUCCAUGGACUUCAAGACGCUGACGGAGGGUGACAGCCCCGGCUCCCAGUGACAGCCUGCUCUUGUCCUGUGGGGAGGGACUUGGCUGUGGCCAGCCGUCUCAGGUCUGGGGGUUCUGAUAGGUGUCCUUCCCACACCCUGCUGAGGCUGUCUUCAGAUCAGUGGCUCCCAGGAGGGGCUUGCCGAGUGGGUGGGGAGCGAGGGGCAGAGUGCCUCUUUGGGCGCUGAUUUCUGGGGUUUAGGGCUUGGCCUCCUGUGCUUCCCCUCCUCACUGCUGCUUUAGCAUCCUGUUAAUCAUGCGCAGACCCCUGCCCUUCUUGUCCCCGUCAGCUCUUCAAAUGGAGAAGCUUUGGGUAGGCUUUUGGGUGGUUAGUGCUAGUUGCGGAAGCUCAGAUCCCUGAAGGAGAUGGAGAGCAGCUCUCCCCUCGAGGCAGCGGAUGCUGGGCCAAGUCCAGGGGCUACAGAGAGCAAAAGGCUGUGGGAGAAACUUCGGGGCCUCAGCGACAGGCCUGGCAAAGCCAAGACCUGCUUUGUGUAACACUGAAUUCAAACCAGGAGUCUUGCUAGCCUGAAUAACACGUGGUAUGAAUGGGCCCAGUCUUUGGCGGUGGAGCAAGUGAUAUUAUGUGUAAAAUAUGUUGGUGUUCAGAGCAAGGUUCCCCAGAUGAGGGGAGGGACUGGCCCCUGGCAAGCUCUGGAGAUGUGGCUUUGGCCCAGCUGGGUCUUGAGCCUUCCCUUUCUUUAACCCUUUAGCCCCAGGAUGGCUUUGUUGGGAGAGGGGAUGGGGCACAGGACUUCAGACAAACCUGCCUUGGCAGCUGAGGGCAGCCGAAAGAGGAAGAAGGCCCCCUGCCUAGGCUGUCGUGGUUGGUGGGUUCCCUUGCAGCUCACUCCUGCAGGGGCUCCACACCCCAAGGUGGCCUGUGCCUCAGCCACCGAGCUCCCGUUGUCCCCACCCUCACGAGCUAGCUCAGGCACUGCUCUGACCAGAGGCUGAGGGCACAAGCCUUUUUUAAAAAAAUGAACACCUGCUGCUGUUGCCCCCUUUCCCGUUUGAUGGGGAGGGCAGAGGCUGCCUGCUUCUGUUCAGGAGGAAAGCCCCCUCCUCUCUUAGCUGGGGCCCAUCUUUGCAGGAAAUUGGGACUGAAUUGGAAUUAGAUUAAUCCUCCCAACCCUGUAAGUGUCUUAUGCUGUUGGAUGAGUCACUGUUUGGCUUUGGUUUAGAAAUAACGUGAUUAGAGCAUGGAUCUUGUGUUUCCUGGACUUGGUGAAUGCUCUCUCCUUGUUUUCCUCAUUUUCUGGGCUUUGAGGAGCAUGACACAGUUUGAGACAGACACAGUUUAUUUAAAUGAAGAAAUUAAUAAAAUUUCCAAA